GUCAAAUAAUGAUUAUUAUAAUGUAUGUUAUGUAACGGGUGGCCUACUGUCAGUGUCACAAAAUUGUCUAACUAUUCUUUCCUUUUUUCCAUUCUUUACAUUCUAGUUAUACAAUGGCUGUGUCGGUACGGAUUCUUUCUCGGUUUAAAGAUGGCUUAAAGCUAAGCAAUGUCAGAUUUCAAUCUGGCACGCCUUAUGCACAGACCCGAAAGAAUCUGGCACUGACAAGUGAAACCAAAGUCAUUAUACAGGGAUUCACCGGCAAACAGGGUACAUUCCAUAGUCAACAAGCCCUUGACUAUGGCACCAAAGUUGUUGGUGGUGUAUCGCCCAAGAAAGCGGGGACGGAGCAUUUGGGGAAGCCCGUUUUCGCCACGGUGAAGGAAGCUAAGGCUGCAACUGGUGCAGAGGCCAGCGUUAUCUAUGUACCCCCUCCGGGAGCAGCUCAGGCCAUCUUAGAGGCGAUUGAAGCGGAAAUGCCUCUUAUUGUGUGUAUCACAGAAGGCGUUCCUCAACAUGACAUGGUUCGUGUGAAACACGCCUUGUUGAGGCAAAACAAGUCGCGUCUCGUCGGCCCUAACUGCCCGGGUAUCAUCGCUCCUGAGAAGUGCAAGAUCGGCAUCAUGCCUGCGGCUGUUCAUAAGCGCGGCUGCAUUGGUGUAGUCUCCCGCUCGGGCACUCUUACUUAUGAAGCUUGCCAUCAAACAACUAUAACUGGACUUGGUCAGACACUUUGUGUUGGUAUUGGUGGAGAUCCAUUUAAUGGUACCGACUUCAUAGAUUGUUUGGAAGUAUUCCUUGCUGAUCCAGAAACGAAAGGAAUUAUACUCAUUGGUGAGAUUGGCGGCAAUGCAGAAGAACUUGCCUCAGAGUAUCUUACCCAAUAUAACACUGGUCAGAAAGCAAAGCCUGUAGUGUCAUUUAUUGCGGGUUUGACUGCCCCUCCUGGCAGACGAAUGGGUCACGCUGGCGCCAUUAUUUCAGGUGGGAAAGGAGGUGCUAUGGAUAAAAUAAAAGCUUUAGAAAAAGCUAACGUUAUUGUUACCCGUUCACCGGCCAAAAUGGGUGUAGAACUUCUUAAAGAAAUGAAACGACUAGAGAUCGUCUAAGUAAUAGAUACAUUGGUUAUAAUAUACAAUAUUACUCUGUAUAGACUCUUAGUAAUUAUAUUGGUAUUAUUUAUUUUUA